AUGAAAUUACCUGUGAUUUUAAUUUUAAAUUCCAUGUUUCUUGUCAGUUGUGUGCUCGGGAUGCACAGUUCCAAAUUUGUGGAAGGUUAUUCGUCAGGAUUUUUAAGCGAUUGUCCUGGCUCAACAAAACCAGCAGAAAUAAAGAAAAAGAGCCUUAAGCACCUUUCGUUAACAGUGCAAGGCCCUGGAAAUCCGUUUGUAGCUCGAAAGACUAGAUAUAAUUACUUCCAGAUGAAACUACUGGCCAAAGACCCUGACAUCGACUUUAAGAAAAAGACUUUUCUUUAUGUUGGAGGGUUCAUGGACAGUCCUAGUUUUCCUUUUGCAUUAGUACUAGGAAAACUUUAUAAGGAUUUAGGAUAUAAUGUGCUUUUAUUGGAUUCUAAUAUGUUUUCUACAACGAUGUAUCCUGUAGCUGUUCGCUACAUGAGACCAGUCGGCGUUCACGCCGCAGAAAUGCUUGCCAAUCUAACAAGAUUGGGUCUCAAUCCUAAGAAACUCGAGGUCAUUGGCCUCAGUUUAGGAGCACAGACCAUGAGUUUCAUUGCCAAGAAUUAUAAACUCCAAACAGGCAUGAACAUUAGCAGAUUAACAGGUUUAGAUCCUUCUGGACCGUGUUUCCGGAAUCUUGGACCUGAAGACAGGUUAGACGAAAGCGAUGCAGAUUUCGUGGAUGUAGUUAACACGAAUAUUGAUGGCUUUGGAAUGGCUGCUCCAGUAGGGCACAUAAACUUCUAUGUAAACGGUGGGGAGUACCAACCUAACAGUAUAAUCUGGCUACCCUGCAAUAUCUUCUGUAGUCAUAUAAGAUCGUAUACCAUUUGGGUUGCAGCAUUACAAUAUCCGAACACUUUUAUCGCAAUGCAAUGCGAUUCAGUACAACAGGCUAGGGAACGAAAAUGCUUUGAUAAAAAACCUACUGUAACUAAUGUACUAGGUUUAAAAACUGAUAAGAGUAAGAAAGGAGUGUUUUAUCUAGGAACAUAUAAUACUUAUCCGUAUUUCAUGGGAGAGAAAGGUUUAGAAAAAGAGAACGAGUAUUUUGAAUCGAUAUUGAAACAGUAUAAUAGAGCUGAAUUAAUCGAAAUGUAA